UUCUAUCGUCACAUUUCGCAAUCGACGCGGCCACCAGCAAAGUCUCCAAUCGCCCCAGGUGGAACCCCCAGCCGGCCGCAGUAACGGGAUUCUCGUGUCAGCUGGACACUUGUCACCGCUCCAUCAGAGGUUAAAACACCCGAAAGAGCACGCGGGUCUAUGGAGAAGCGUGUGAGCUGCGGCACAUUAAACAGCAGUAGCGUAAUGGACCGCAACAGUGGCAGAGUGCUGCUGGACUAUCGGGCAUCCGAGCCUGUGCUGGCUGAGAGCGAUCACUCGAGUCUGUCGGAUGCGCCGCUCUCCAGGUCGCAGAUCCAGCGACCGUCCAAGCCCGUGGCGGCCCCUUGGAACCCUGGAAACGUGUCGGUGCCUCAGCAACAUCAGCCGCGAACAGCUAUGCGGCGGAAGCUUAAGCUUCCUGGUCGGUCCAGGCACAAACACGUCACCAAACUCCCGCGAAUGGACGAAGUGAUCCCGCGCGUGGAGAUCACGGACGCACAGCAGGCGGAGAUGCGUGAUCAGGCCGAAGGACUCAUCGCGAGCUGCUUGCUAAAGUCCAAGGCGGCGUGGGACGGCACCAAGCAGAUUUUCGACGAUCCAAAGCAGUGGAAACUCCACAGCGCUAAACCACACUUGGCCAUCUACAAACGCAAAGAUCCGCACCGUCGUAGCGCGACGGCACAUCAGUUUGUGGCCUCUGGACGAAUCCCCGCACUCACGUUGCAAGACGUCGAGUACGGCAAGUACAGCGACACGACGCUGGACGAACGAUCCAUCAGCGCGUAUUUGUUCCGUGACUAUUUCUUGGAUGCUGCGGUGCUUCAAGUACUGGAGACGCAGACGGAGGACGACCCGUUCCGCUUCUUUGGCAUCAAGUGGAUGGCGUUUGCGAGUCCUAGUGGACCAGCCAAGUUCUUCUCACCUCGAGAUCACGCGUACUACGAGUACGCUAAGACUGUGACUACUGACGAAGGUCACAAAGUGCUCGUCAAGGUCAUGCAGUCUGUUGGGGACGACGUGUUGCCUCCAUUGACUCAAAUCGUAGGUCACGACAAACCCAGUGACGGGGUUGAUCCGUCUAAGUUGCGGUUUGUUCGUGGCCACAUCUCGAUGAUCUCCAUGUACAGAUUCGACGAGGCAACUAACGCCGUUAAGGUGUUUGCUGAAGGCUCGUUGGACCCAGGAGGUCGCGCCGGUACAUGGCUGGGAAGCGCCUUCCUUUCUCAAUUCGCGCCUACGGUCGUACGUAUUGAAUACUGCGCUGACAUCAAGUACAUCAUGAAGCACGGCAUGAUCUUCCCACACCCGCCAGCUGCCCUAAGUCACUCGCAAUCCAAUCAAAGCCUCGAUAAGAGCCAAAGCACCAUAAGUGGCUCCGAAGUGACAGCCCACGGCCCCGCUGCAAUGCCCUUCUCGGCCUCACAGCAUGGUCUCGCUUCAUUCUCGAUGACUCCGACGCCUGAAAUGAGUCGAAUGUCCAUCAAUCCUCAGCCAAGUUGGGUGCCAGACCACCAACGGAAGGUCUGUUUCGUGUGUUUCAAGAGCUUCGGUAUCGUCCGACGCCAUCGCCAUCACUGCCGGAUGUGCGGUGAGGUCAUGUGCUCUCGUUGUAUGAUCACGUUGCCGCUUGUUGCCCCGCCGUCUUCAGCUCCGUGUCCAGAGGAACACGAAGAUGCUGAAGGUACUGACAGUCGCCGUUCGCAUCGACAUGGCAACCAACUCGACGGUCGCCCUAUGAGUGUGUUGCUCAAGCAGCCAGCCAAGAAGAGUCUGGAGGAGACUCGGCCGAACGGAUACCCGGCUGUAAACAACGUGAAGUUGUGCAAGAAGUGCAUGUUUAACAUCCGUCAGGAGCGCAAGGGAACCAUGCGAGGAGCCACCAAUUUUUAUGCUGCACCGACCAUGAUCAAACAAUUCCCGUUGGUACUACAAGGCUCUCUAGCCGACAACAUCGGCUUGCAACCGGGCCCGAUGCGUGGCUUCUUCCCAGGUGGACGAUACGCUGCUGACGACGAGUUGAUCAACAACGCUCAAGGAGACGAUGAAGAAGACGAUAUCGAGGAGACGGAUGAGGAAUACUCGGCUCGAGUUGAGCGGAUGCGGCAGAUGCACAUGGCUCGUGAGAAGAAGAAGAACUUGCGUCGUAGUAUUCUUCUCUAUGACGAAGAUGAUCUCAACAAUGGAGGGGAAUCUCCGCCCGCUAGACCGAGUCAUCUGUUCAAUGGAGGCGACAGCACGUUCAACUUUGACGAUUUCUUACUACCGACACCCAAGCGAGAAGACGAAGAUAAUAACCGUCAUAGUCGUGGACGGGUAGUGAGCUCUACGAACCAGAGCGAUGCGAUGCCGCCGUCGAUUCCUCGUCGACCGUCCACCACUGCACGUCAGUCUGAGAGCAGCUCGAAGCUUCGGUCUCUGUCCAUUCCAGACCAACUGGAGCAGGUAGAACGAUCGAUCGCUCAGCAGGAGGCAUUGAUCCGAUCCAUCACUGAACAACGCAGUAAGAUGAUCCGGUCUCCGGAAGACGACACGGCCGCCAAGACAGCAGCCACGACAGCCGGUGAAAUCUCGUCCGAAGCGCGGUCUUCUUUGCUGUACCCUGGGUCUACCCAAACUGCGCCGACACCUAGAGGCGACGCACUGUUCACUCCACUCUCCCUGCGCUCGUCUUAGAGUUAUGUGGUGGACGACAAACUACAAACGACCAUGUCGUAACGUGACAAAAAAUUCUAGCACACGCUUGAUUAAAAAACGAAAUACAGUGAAUAAAAUGUUCGUACGAA